GGAUAAUCCCGGAGACUUUGCAAGGAUUAUUGAUACACUAAUUAUUAUAAAAGGAAGUUCAUGGCAUACACCACGUUACUUAGUACAAUGCUCCGACAGAAAGCACUUUUAUUUUCCACCUGCCUGCUGGCAUUCGCUGCCAGUUCAAUUCUGGCAUUUCCACCCGGAGCACCAUGGACAAACUUCGUAUCCAAACCUGUUUAUUCGCGAGCUCUUGGACCUCCAGGAGGAAUGGAUACAAUAUCCGUACCCUACAUGCCAAAAUCUCCGUUCGUACCAAAAUUCGUUGACCCAAAGAUGUUUAUUUCUAAAAAGACGGAUAUGCUGAGUAAUUUAUUCGGCGGCUUAGGACCAGUUGCAUAUAACAUAGCAGAUACUAAACCAAUUAUGCCAUAUGGAUCAUCUUUAGAUAGCGCCAAUAGUGCAAGUUCAAUAUUUAAUAAACGAGACAUGGUUCAAGAUGGUAAAGAAAAAAUGAUUGACAGCGAUAUGUAUAAACGCGGGAUGUUUGGUCCGUUCGCUUCAAAGUUCGGUCCGAUGAGUUCGAUGGGUCCAAUGGGUCCGAAAUUUGGAUUUUCAUCGUUUUCAUCAUCAGAAAUGAUGCCUGAUUUUAUGGAUAAAACAUCGUUUUCCCGUAAAAGAAGAAGCAUAGGAGCGCCUUCUUCCACAGACAUUAAUACUAUUCCAGGCUCAUCAUCUUAUCCAAAAAUAAUAGAAAGUAUGUCGGCAACAAAAUCAGUCGCUGAUGAUGCGCCAAAAGAAUAUUUACCAGGAAUGUUUGGACCUUUCGGACCAGGUGGACCUUUUGGAAUAGGCGGACCUUUUGAAAUAGGUGGAUCUUUUGGACCAAGUAGUUCUUCCGGGCCAAGCUCUUUCGGACCAGUAGUGGAUCCAAGUGCGAUUAUCGCAAAAAAAUCGGCGUUCCUGGAUACACUCUUCAAAAAUCUCGCUACUAGCACUCCAGCAACAACGACCGAAGUACCUACGCCAAAGAGCACUAUUGUACCACCUAGUUUUUGGAUACCAUCCUCCAUAAUUCCUGGCCCGACCGAAUAUACCGACAAAGUGUCGGAUUUCCUGGAUAAACUAUUUGACAGUAUAAAAUUAAAUGCAACUGCGUCAGAAGCAAGCGAUGGCUCGGAUGCAAAAAGUGAUUUUAUGAGAUCCUUAAAACUCGAUGAUAUUUCAUCAGAUAAAAUUGCAAGAUCUUUGGAUGAUGCGUCUAUCGCAGCUGCAAAGGAUACAAUUGUUGACAUAAUAUUGUCAGAAUUGGGUGAGCUAAAAAGUGAUAUGAUGGCGACUUUAAAUGAUUUAAUCGCAUACGAGAAAGCUGCAGCAGCAGCCGCCACUACUACGACUAAAAAGCCUUUUAAGCCGUUUGCUGGUAUAUUCCCUUUUGCGAAACCAACAGUAGAUCCAACUCUUCCAUUUCAGCAAAGAAUGGCUGUACUCAGCCAAGUAUUCGAUAUGCUGACAGAUUUGCAAAGGAACAUCAGUGUGAUUGCAAAAAACGCAACAACCAGCACUUCGGAUAAUCCGGAAUUGCCCAAGGUUCCAUUAGCUGCUAGUACAAUUGGCGCAUCAUCAAUUAAUGAUACUCUUUUAAAUGCCAUUCUAAAAAAAAUAUCCGCUAUUGAAACUGUAACUCCGGCUUCCUAUUCGGUUUCUUAUCCAGCUUCUUAUCCAAAUAUCAAAACAAAUCCUAUAAUGAGUAGAGCUUUAUCUAAAGGACCAACGUCCUUCUGGGUGUCUUAUCCGGAUCCUAAUUCGGCGUCUGCUGUAAAACGACAAGUAGAUGAUGAUUCAUUACCGUACUUCGAAUACGAAAAUAAUAAUGAUCGACAUGAUCACAGACAAUACACGAGAGGUGUACAAAUGCAAAUGCAUCAGGGAUACCAGAGUCUACCUGCAGGUUCGGUAGAAUCUGUACAAGCGGGAGGAGGUUCUACGCCUGGACAUCAAGGAGGAGGAAUUAAAUUGCUGGACUCUAACACUUAUGAAAACAAAUGGGCUGACUGGAUGCAGUAUCACAAAAAUGAAUAUCAAGAUCGUAGGCACCAUCAUAACCAUCAUUAGGCCAUUCAGCCAGGAGUAUUUCUUUCAUUAUAUAUUUACAUGAUUUCGAUAAAAAAUCUUUGGAAAAUGUUGUUAUUCAAAAUGUAUAAAUAAACGUGUACGAUAUUAAUUAUUUCCAAUAAAAUAUAUUUGGCAGAAAAAGUAAAAAGAAAA